CAUGCCUGCAGAGGCAGAGACCAGAGCUCUGAUAACCAAAAAGAGAGACACUCAGUCACUCAGCACAGGACUUUUCGAUCCAGAGACCGUGCUCAUCACCCCACCGCCGCACCACACCACCUUUUUACUACUACCCGUCUACUCAACAAGCGCAGCACCAUGAGGAGCUCUCUGACCGCCGUGACCCUCUGCCUGCUGGCCCUGACGGCCACCGGCUUCCCCUUCGAGAGGAAGCCCAGCCCCAAGGAGAAGCGUGUGCAGUACGCUGCGUGGGACGACGUGAACGUCAUCGCCCACGGCCUGCUGCAGCUGGGCCAGGGGCUGAAGGAGCACGUGGACAAGACCAAGGUCCAGAUGAGGGACAUCUCCGUCAAGCUGAAGGCCUCCAACAGCACGGUGGGCGAGCUGGGCCGGGAGAGCCAGCGGCUGCGGGCCGAGGGGGAGGCGCUGAGGGCCCGGGCCCACGGCCUGGAGGACCGGGAGGGCCGGCUACUCAACGCCACGGCCCAGCUCCGGAGGCGGGCCGAGGAGGCGCAGCAGGAGCGCCGGGCGGCCGGCGAGAGGCUGAGCCGUCUGGAGGAGAAGGUGGACAGCAUGCUGCAGGGAGACGCCACUGCCAAGGGGAACGCCAGCGAGGGCCACGCCAUCCAGUCAAUGCUGGAAACGCAGAACAAACGCAUCGACGACCUGAUGGACAGAAUACAACUCCAACAGGAGAAGCUGGACAAGCAGAACACGCGCAUCAAAUCCCUGCAGAGUCAGGUCCAGCAGACAAAGGAAGCCACCAAGAGCGCCAAGUCCAUGAGCCGAACGAUCAGCGUGGAGCAGCAGGACUCUCCAGCCGAAAUUGCCUCCAACUGCCAUGAGCUGUUCCUGAGCGGCGUGACCUCCAGUGGGGUGUACAUUAUCCAGCCGCACGGCGGCCUGGCCUUCAACGUCUACUGUGAGAUGACCGCUGAAGGUGGCUGGACGGUGAUCCAGAAGCGCCACGACGGCUCCGUGGACUUUGACCAGUUGUGGCAGGCCUACCAGAAGGGCUUUGGAAGUCUGAAUGGAGAAUUCUGGCUGGGAUUGGAAAAUAUCCACUUGAUGACCAAAGACGGCGACCACCUCCUCAAGGUCCGGUUCUCGGACUGGAAGGACGAGCCUGAGUCCGUGGCCAUGCCCUUCAGCGUGGGUGGUGAGGACACCAAGUACGCCCUCCACAUCCAGCCGUCGGACACCAUGGGCAGCCUGGAGAGCAGCCUGGCCACCGACACCACCGCCGGCCUGCCCUUCUCCACCCGCGACCAAGACCACGACCUCAAGAGUGACACCAACUGUGCAAAACACCUCUCUGGCGGCUGGUGGUUCAGUAACUGCGGCCACUCCAACCUGAACGGACGGUACUUCCACAGCCCUCCUCCCAAGCAGCGGCACCAGAGGAAGCAGGGGAUCUUCUGGAAGACCUGGAGGGGGCGCUACUACCCCCUGAAGACCACCACCAUGAUGGUGGCCCCCGCUGAGAUCAACAACAGGGCGUAGAAGAUCAGAACUGUAAACAAAAAGAGAAAAACAAUGUAUAGGGAAGUGCAAGAUUCUUCCUCUGUUCCCGCCGGCUGCUUCCUGGGUUGGAGGUCCGCCGGAACCUGUCUGGUUCUGACCGGUUUGAGAGAGACUUUUUACAACAAAGCGACGCCAAACGAAAUUGAACGAUAUCAGCGUAUUGGCCCUGCGUUUGUUUCAGCAUCGCCAUGUUUCCCUGAAAAGCUACGACAGACCUCUCGGUAUUCGUAGAAGCGGCCGUUGAACGAUGACGGAAACGUGCUAGAACAUACCGACACAAGCGCUGAGAGCCCUGGUGGUGUCGGGAGGAUUCGCCGCUUCACGCCACAGGGCAUGGCAUGUGAGCGUUCUGGGCGGUGAGGCCGAGGGCAGGCCAUUGCUUAAAGAAGCUGAAUUUGUACACGAGGCGUCUGACAGCAGGUCCGGGCGUGCGCAUGGUAUGGUGGGCCUCAUUUUUAGACGAGUUGAGACCCAUUGGCCAACAUAUAAGUGUCUUAAGAUGUCUUGUGAGGUUAAAUGUCUUUCCAGCAGGUCAAGAGAGCACCUACUGUUCAAAUAUGCUGGGUGAACUGUUUGAAAUUCAUACAAGAGUCAGAGAGACCAAACCAGGCCGAUUGAAAAGCCCUUUGACGUCCAUUGGUACGGACCAAAUGGCGGCUAUCCUACAAUGACUGCUGACAUACGACCAUGAUUGCAUAAGUAAUCCCGCGUUUACCAUGAAUAUAUAGACCACUGUGAUCCGGGAGCACAGUAUUUCCAUCGAGUGGUUUCACACAGCGGCCACUGCUGAAGAACAUUCCAGUCUUUGUACACAAUAACUUAGUUGCCUGUUGAAACAAUGUUGAAGUGUUUACUCCAACAGAGUUAUUUUACUUUCCAUUGGGGAUUUUUGGGAAACAUUUUUAAGUCAUAUUGACUGUGUUUAUAAGAGUUACUGUUUGUACAUAAUAUAUGAAAGAACGUAUUCUAUCCUCUAUGAACUUCUAUUACAAGUGUUUCUGUGACUUGUGAGAAUGUGUUAUAGUUGUGUCACUGUUCUCUAUUUAUAUACCUUUAAGAAUCAUGAUGUAUUUUUUCUGGUGCUGCCUCUUUGUAAUUUAUUUUGUCUUUCAUUUCCUAAUGUAAAGUUUUUUAAACAGAUAUCAGAUUUAUGGCCAAAAAGAAGCCAAUAAAAAUGAUUU